GAAGAUUUCUCAGUCACCUUCAUAGCAAGAGAUGGCUUCUUGGAACUUCCCAAAAUUUAAAAUCAUGAAACAUUUAUUUCUGCUGUUUUUGUGUAUUCUUAUAGUUAGAGCCCAAGAUGAUGACUACGAUUCUGAGACCACCGUAGAUGUCCGUGGCCAUCGUCCCCUUGACAAAAGGAGAGAAGAAACUCUCACCAUGAGACCUGCCCCACAACCCAUCAGUGGAGGUGGUUAUAAGGCUCGCCCAGUCAAAACAGCUCCCAGUACAAGAAAACAGGAAAGGAAAGCCCCAGAUGCUGGGGGCUGCAUCCACGCUGACCCUGACUUGGGAGUGCUGUGUCCUACUGGAUGUCAGUUGCAAGAUACUUUGGUAAAUCAGGAAAGAACUAUCAGAAACAGUAUCGACGGGUUGAAUAGUGAUUUGGAUGCUGUUUCCCUGUCUUCUUCUAACACCUUUAAGUAUAUGGCUCUGCUGAAAGACACGUGGAAAGAAAGGCAGAAGCAAAUGAAAGAUAAUGAGAAUGUAAUAACUGAGUUCACCUCAGAACUGGAAAAGCAUCGCCUCUAUAUUGAUGAGACCGUGAAUAGCAAUAUCCCAUCCAACCUGCGUGUGCUCCGUUCCAUCCUGGAAAACCUGAGAAGCAAAAUACAAAAGCUGGAAUCCGACGUCUCAGCUCAGAUGGAUUACUGUCGCAAGCCAUGCACUGUGAGCUGCAACAUCCCCGUGGUGUCUGGCAGAGAAUGUGAGGAAAUUAUCAGGAAUGGAGGUGAAACAUCUGAAAUGUACCUCAUUCAGCCUGACAAAUCUACCAAACCAUACAGGGUAUAUUGUGAUAUGAAGACAGAAAAUGGAGGAUGGACAGUAAUCCAGAACCGUCAAGAUGGCAGUGUUGACUUUGGCAGGAAAUGGGAUCCAUAUAAACAAGGAUUUGGGAAUAUUGCAACCAGUGCAGAGGGGAAGAAAUUCUGUGGUCUACCAGGUGAAUAUUGGCUUGGGAAUGAUAAAAUCAGCCAGCUGACCAGGAUGGGACCCACUGAACUUUUGAUUGAAAUGGAAGACUGGAAAGGAGAUAAAGUGAAGGCACUUUAUGGAGGCUUCACUAUACACAGUGAGGCCAACAAAUAUCAGAUCUCAGUGAGCAAAUACAAGGGCACAGCAGGCAACGCCCUGAUGGAAGGAGCCUCUCAGUUGUUUGGAGAAAACAGAACCAUGACCAUCCACAAUGGCAUGUUCUUCAGCACCUAUGAUAGGGACAAUGAUGGCUGGACAAAUACUGAUCCCAGAAAACAGUGCUCUAAAGAAGAUGGCGGUGGAUGGUGGUACAACCGAUGUCACGCAGCCAAUCCGAAUGGCAGAUACUACUGGGGGGGCCAGUAUACCUGGGACAUGGCAAAACAUGGCACAGAUGAUGGCGUGGUCUGGAUGAACUGGAAGGGGUCCUGGUACUCCCUGAAGAAAAUGUCUAUGAAGAUCAGACCUUUCUUCCCACAGCAAUAGCCUCUACCCCCCCCCAACUGCAGAUUUUUAUUCUUCCUUAUGUAACAGAUUUUUUUUUAUAUUAUGUCACUGGAAUUUUCUUUCAUACAUUAUUUUCCCUCCAAAACUGUUGAAAAAGAGUGUGACCAUUUUUUUUUUUUGAGAAAGUGUUUAGGAUAAGUGACAUUAAAGAUAGCUCACAACUUCUUUUGGAUUCUUCAUUUAUACUUCACACCUAGAAGUAGUUAAAAGAAAAAUUGUGAACAGUCAGUUUUCAUUUCAACUCUCAGUGAAAAGUUUCCAGUUAAACAGUGUUUUCUGUGCUUAAAGUAGAAAAGCUGUGAGGGCAAACUGAAAGUUUGUUUAAAAGUCCACUUUAUAAUUCUAUUUAUUUUUAUAAAAUAGAUAACAAGAACCUUCAAGAAGAUUUAUUAAAUGUCUCCGUUACCAUAAAUCCAUGUUUUCUUAUUUUGUGAUCCACAUAACCAGUGAAUUGACUUUGAACUUAGCAGAAAAGAGAACCAAUCCUGAAAGCAUUUACAACUUCAAGUACUUAAUAAACCUUCACUGAACUUUUGA